CUUCUCUCCAUCCUCUUUUCCUCGUGUGAAAGUCUUUGUGCCUUUCGCGCUGUUUGUCCGCUUUUGCUCUUGCUUCCCCUUCCACUCUUCCCUGCAACGAGCUUUUCACUAAGUGUCGUUGUCACUGUGGACUACCGGCCGGCAAUUUGAGCGAGACGAUUCUGAUUCCCCUAACGGAUUCAACUCUUGCUCGCAUUCUCCAAACCGCGUCCACGACCCUCUCUGUCCGGUUAGCAAUUGGUCUGGCAUCCAAAGACCGUCUCUGGUGCUCUUAGAAAAAAGUUCGUCUCGUGUCCGCUUUCCGACCAUCGCAACGUACACGGAAGAAACACGCCUCACCACCAAAAUCGUCCGCAGAGAAGGAACAACCCGGAAAACGCCAGUUGCGACCGCUCUUUUUCGCUCUCUUUGUGUUCGUUUCCGCUUGUGUCCCUGAUACAGUGCUGUUGAUUUGUCCCCUCAUGCUUUUCAACUAAGAGACAUCAACUGCAUUAAAACCAGAGCCGCGGCUCGUUGAGCAACGCUCUUCCUCCCCCCCAGGCUCAGGGUGUGGCGGACGCGUAGACGCAUUCACCGUCUACCGCCCCGUCCCUGAACUGGUUCCAUUCCCCCCUCUUCUUCACCAUGCCGUCUUUCUACAACACCGGCCUCCCGGCCUACCCUCUUACCCCCCCUCACAUCACCGGUGCCGGUAGGAUGGAGAACGAACCCCCCUUCUACGUCCUCGGUCACUCGGCCGCUUUCCCUCCCCGUUAUACCCAGAGCGGCUGUGAAUUCAUCGAGCAAUAUUCCCAGCAGUCACACUGUUACGCCAAGCCACCGAUGAAUGCCCAACAGCCCAUGCACUCGAUGCGCACCGGCAGAGACAUGACCGCGUUAAGUCAAUCCAUGUUCGGCCCCGUUCCUGCUGCCAACGUGCUGCCCCCGAUCCGCAACAACGUCCAACUGCCGCCGAUGGACCACGCCGUUCCGCCGCAGUAUCGCCGACAAGACCCGAUUGCUCAGCCUGAACAGGCCCUCAAGGAGGAGAAACCUACCGGUGGCGUUGCCGCUUAUCUGGACUAUGAGAUGGAUCAGAUGUCCGACUUUGUGGCUGAGAUGGCCCAGGGAAUGUAUGACUUGUACAUCACCAAGAUCAACCUAUCAGAUAUUGACUUCGCGCGAAGCGUCUACCCAGGAUCAUCUGUCCCGCCCCAGUUCCGGAAAUACGUCUUCCAGAUUUUGUCCUCAACACGCCUGCCGAGUUCCACCAUCCUUCUGGGUCUCUACUACCUGUCUUGUCGGAUGCGUAUGCUCUCUUCUGCCAAGAUUUACAACGCUGGCAGUGGCCAGGUCUACCGCAUGCUCACGGUGGCUUUGCUUCUAGGCAGCAAGUUCUUGGAUGACAAUACCUUCCAGAACAAGUCUUGGGCUGAGGUUAGCAACAUUUCCGUGAGUGAUCUGAACUCUAUGGAGCUCGAAUGGCUCUUCGCUUUUGAGUGGAAGAUCCAUGAUCGCAUCUAUGACCAGCAGGACGGAUUCGCUUCAUGGCUUUCUCACUGGGAGAAAUGGCGUGCCAAGUCUUCCAUCAGGGCUCACGAACCUCGACGCUCCCUCGCUCCCAUCGAUACCAACAUCACCCGCAGCAACCGGGUUUCGAAGCCGCUUCUCUCUCCCGAAGGGCCGAUUCCCCCACAGUAUCAGCGAAACAACCAAUACGAGAACUCUUGGCUUAACCCAGCAGCAUCAGAGUAUUCCCCGCCAUCUGCUCCUCACAGUGGACCGACAACUCCGGACUACUACUCAGUUGGCCCAUGGGGGUACUCUUCUAACCCUCCACCGCCAUAUUCGAGUACCUGGAUGCCUCAUCAUCAGUACAUGCCGCCCCCUCGUUCGCAGCCGCCAUCCUACCACCACACUCCAUCCUACGGUUUCCCGUUUCCGCACGGUGGUUGGACGACUGGCCAUGGUGCCUCCUGCGGUUGCUCGUACUGCGCCAAACACAUGGAACAUUACAUGUGUGCUAACCUCGGCUCCAUGCAACCAAUUCUCGCUGCUUGA